UGGUUCCUGAUCCCUUGUUUCAAAAGGGCGGGUUGACAAAGCCGCAAAGAAUAUCAACGGGUAACUAUAUAAAUCGAAAAAAUAAUGUCUUCACCCCAAGUUCUUCCUGACUAUUAUAAAAUCCUUGAGAUCCCACGAGAAGCAGAUAUCAACAGCAUCAAGACAAGCUAUAAGCGCCUUGCAAGAAUUAGGCACCCUGAUAAGAACUCUAGCUCCACAGCGACUUCUGAAUUCCAGUUGCUCCAGGAAGCAUAUUCAACUCUCGUGGACCCCAAAAGCCGCAGUACUUACGACGCUCAGUAUACAUUCACCAAGUUCUACCACACAGCACCCCAGGCAAAUCAGCCCACGAACUCACCCAGCGCCGCCAAACGCGAGAAAACAAACAAAGUCCCAGCACUGACGUUACAAAUCCGAGAGCUUAAGAAUCGGCUGCACAAGCAAGAAGCUGACUUGCGUCUGGCACGGUUACGUUUGGCAAAGCUACACGGCGCCAUAGCUAGUCUAGACCAGGACAUCAAAAAUAUCGAAAGAGAGGAAUCUGGAAAGGCAACAUGGUGGGGAUAUUUUACUUCAAUACUUCAGGGACCCCAGGAAACAGAAGAGGCGAGGAUUAAGAGAGAUAAUGAUCGACUUCGGAAAAUCGCAGCGAGGAGAAUCAGAGAUAGCGAGGUCCAGCGAGAAAUAGCAGCCGUCCGAGAUCUCGAGAACGCAAUCAACUCUACCCACAGCAGUAUCACGUCGGCGGAGUUCAAGAUUCGUACGGAGAAAUACAGAGAAGAACGAGAGGAGCGAGAAGAACAAGAAAAGAGAAGGAUGGAAGAGGAGCGCCUUCGUCAAGAGGCUAAUAGGAGAAUGGCGGAGGAACUUAGGAAACAACAAGAAAAGAGAAGGGUGGAAGAGGAGCGCCUUCGUCAAGAGGCCAAUAGGAGGAUGGCGGAGGAACUUAGGAAACAACAAGAAAAACAAGCCCAGCAAGCGAACAAGGGGUAUAAGUAUCCAAGCCAAGAGCAGGGAGCCAGUCGAUCGCGAAACUCUGUUCAGAGUGAGGGAAAGCAGAAUUUCCACGAGAAAGAAACAUGCCAUCACCAUGGCUGGUGGAUCCAAAUCGAUGUUCCCACCCCCUGCAGUCGAUGCUCAUCCGUUACUCGAAAGUUUAUAUUUCAGUGUCCUGGUUGUGGUAAGCUAGCCUGUGCUUCGUGCAGGGAAGCUAUCAAGGGCGUAAGAUUUAGAUCAAAUCGUUUCGGCAACGGUACCUACCACAACAGCUCACAGUUCACAGAUUAUACUAGCUAUUCUGAGAGAGAUAAUUAUUUCGAUUAG